AUGGAGCAGCAGGACCCACACGAGACUUUCAUUGACCCUGGUCGAUCCUCGCGUUCUCUCUUGACGUUGCAGGACAAACACAUCUCCACGCAUGUGUGGAACACAUCAGGCGACGCAAAUCCACAUGAUCGUGUCCUCAAUGUCAGACAUGCUGCUUCACCCGAUCAUUUGGAUAUACCCAAGGAUAUCCACCCUUACCUUAGGCAGGCAGGGUUUUAUCACGUUGCGCGUCUGCGCAACCAUGAGAUUGAUCACUCACUCAUCUCGGCCCUUGUUGAGAGAUGGCGGCCUGAGACGCGCACAUUUCAUAUGUCGAUGGGUGAGGUUACAAUUACCUUAGAGGAUGUCCACCAUCUGUUGGGAUUACCCACAGAUGGAGAGGUUGUGUGUGGCCGCGUUGGAGGCCAUCCCUUCUCGGUGCUGUUUCUACAUUACCAUGAACAUGCUGGCACUGAAGUUGGCCGUAUGAGAUACACACGUGCUUUGAUCUUGCGCAUACUGGGUGGUUGCUUGUUUGUUGAGACUGCAUCGAGCUUUGUACAUGCGUGGUAUCUGCUAUUUCUGGAUGAUUUUCAAUGGACGGGGAUGUAUUCUUGGGGUUCCGCUAUGCUGGCUACCUUGUACAGGGAGUUGUGCAAGGUUACUGACUCACGACGAUCUGAUAUGGGGGGAUGUGCUCUGUUACUACAGUUGUGGGCAUGUACGCGUUUCCCUACUAUCUCACCAGGACUCCCUGAGAUCACUGACGCGCAGGCUAUUCUUGGGGCCAGAUUUAAUGUCUACACCCAGAGACGGUUUCGGUUCUCCCACAUCAGACGCUAUCGUCAUCACAUUGACGUUAUGCCUAUCCGCAGGAUACGGUGGAGGCCAUACCAAGGAUUCGCUACACAUCAUCCAUCGUCCGAGGAGUCGCGUAGAUGGUUAGCUGUAUGCCCACUCAUACACUAUCAGAUCGUUGUGUACCAGCAGCCCGAUAGAGUGCUCCAGCAAUUUUGUUUUAGGCAGCCGAUACCUAGCGAUCCGUUGCAAUGUUCUGAACUGCUUACUAUCACCCUUACUGGUAAGGGUGACGUAGACUGGAGGGACCGACAUGGACUGUAUAUAGCGCAGUGGUAUUCCAGGGAUGCCCUUGUUGUGCAGGGUUUACAGCCGGACGAGGGAUAUGGACAUCUUUCUAUCAACAACACGUACAUUCAGUGGUAUUUUGAGCAUACGCGCAAAUGGAUGAUGCAGAGAUCGGCUAUUCAUUCCCAUGUGAGUGAUCGCAUAGAGACUGUUGUUCAUAUGGCAUCGGACGAGGCGCAAGGAGCAUUCACAUACCGUCAGAUAUAUGAUGAGGCCCUUCAGGCCAUGUCUACGUUCGCUGAGUUUGGUAGACUUACCGAUCCUGGAGAGCCCGUACCUCCGCCAGUUGUGGUCCAGACAGUGGAGCCUCCUCGUCCUCCGCGUCGAUCCCAGCGUGCACGCCACGAGGGAUUGCCACUACAUCAUCAAACUCCCGUAGCGGCUGACCGGCCUGUGCAUGUGCAGUCUCUUCCACCACGUCCUGUCGGACAGUUUUACGCACCAGCGUACCCUUCAGGUGGCCCGUCACAGCCGUAUUGGUGGACUUCGCAGUCAGUCCCUCCCACUGGCACCUUUAAGGACCUUGUUAACACACUCUAA